AACCAUGGUCUCGUCAGGGAUCUCCUCGAUGAAGCAGCGCUUCUCCGUCUCCCCGAUGUGGAAGUAGAGCGCCUGCGCCCCGCGGCCCGCCGCCAGCAGCACCAGCAGCGCCGCCGCGAGCCGCCACCCCGGCGGCCGGGCCGAGUAGGCCGCGGGAUCCCCCGAGCGACACCCGCCUGCCAUGGACGACGCUGGUCGACGCUGUCACCUGCCGCGCAUGCGCCGAGGCUGCCUCCCCCACCCGCCGGAGGUGGAAACAGCGCCGAGUGCUGCGCAUGCGCCGAAGGGGAAACAGCGCCGGUCAGGUGACUCGGCCCGACGGAGGAGGCUGCGCGUGCGCAGAAAGCCUGGGGAGGCUUGCCCUUCCCGGAAGCCCGAACGGAAGAGGCCGCAAGGAGGAAGGGCACCCGCGUGGUCAUCGAGACCAACCCCAAGGCUGGGAGGGAGCCUCCUCGGGGCCCUUUUAACCCCUGUAUGGAGGAGGAGGAGGACUGAGGCCUCUAGAUGGGAGAACUAAACGGGCAUCUGGUCAUAGCUGUCAACUUUUCCCUUUUCUUGCGAGGAAUCCUAUUCGGAAUAAGGGAAUUUCCCUUAAAAAAUGGGGAAAGUUGACAGCUAUUCAUCCAGUCCGGCAUUUCCUCCUGCUGCCCUUCCGCCUGGGCAGGACUGAGCGAGAGGCGCAGGCGCCCAGUGCGAGGCAGAUGCCACCAGCUGCUUUGGAGUUUACUGAUCAUUUACUAGCAGAAAAAUAACAUUGAAUCCCAGAAUAUUUAAAUGUUGGGGGAGUGGGGGUGGGGAACACACAUUCCCCACCAGGCACGCAUAUAUUCCGGCAUUUGAAGACCGCUGGCGUGCCUUCCGUUUAAUCAGGGCUUCUCCGGCAGUUUUUCCUGCCUUGCAGGGGGUUGGGACAGGUGGUUCCAGCUCUACAAUUCUUUGAUUCUCCAGGUUAAGCCGAAGCUGGCUCCUUCCAACCAUUCCGCCUGGUUUUCUAGCCACCCCCCUCACUCUCCUGGCUGCCCUCCUCUGUACAUGCUGCAGUGGACCCAGUAGGCUCUUGAAACGUGGCACUCAGAAGGUGUACUCCCGAUGCGGCCAGAGCAAUGUGGAAUUGAGUAGGACUGGUUGCUUCCUGUUAUCUAAAAGCCUCCGUUUCUGUUAACACGAUUAGCAUAACCAUUACUGGAUCGUGUUCAGCUGGUGACACACACCAAAAGUGACCACAGACAUGCAUAAUUUUUUUAUGGGGGCUGGACAUGUGUUGCACAACAUCUUGCAGCCAUGCGUUCCUGAAUACGGACAAGUCUUAUUGGAAAUGAUCUCAUUUCCUCAUACCUCAGCUUGUGUCCAUAGGAGACCAUUUCCUACACGAUUCUGGUGUAUGAGUAAGCAUCAUGUACCCUUUCAACGUAAGCCAAUCUGAAGUUCCUUUUUUCUCAGAAUAGCAGCUUCCUCUUCACUUGAGACAAGCUGUCCUGGGUAAACAGACCUUGCUUCAGUCAUUUAUAUAUCAAACUACAGAAAGCUUAAAAAAUAGCUAUAUUUUGGAAGUGGUCUAGUACUGCCAGAGAGUCCAAGCCUGGCCAAGGGGACUCAGUGAUGCACACUGUGUCCUUAGUCACCCAGUCAAUGCACACUGCCCACCACACACAGCCAGUCACAGAUGGAUGUACACAAAAAGUGCCAACAGAGCAUGAGGCUGUAAACAAGCCCACAUGAAGCUGCUGAUUCCUCCCAAGCACCCCAAGUUCAGAAUCAGAAUUGUGCAAUGCAGGAAUCUCAACUAAAGCAUCCAUAACAAAUGAUCAACCUCUGCUACAAACCUCGCAGGAAGGAAAGUCCACCACCGUUCCACUGAUAGCUCUUACUGUCAGAAAGUUCUUCCUAAUGCUUAGUUGGAAUUUCCUUUCUUGUAACUUGAAUCCAUUGGUUCGAGUCCCACCCUCCAGAACAGGUUUGCUCCAUCUUUCGUGUGACAGCCCUUUAGGCAUUUGUCUAUAAUACCUUAUUAGUCUCUAUAAUAUCUUAUUAUGUCCCAAACACACUCAGCUCUCACCAGCACCCCUACAACCAUACACAGAGUAAGGAACAACCAUCACACUGGGAGAUGCUGAAGGAAGAUUUCUUGCAAGCAUGGAAGGAGAUACAGAUAAAAAUAGCAGAGCAAUUCAGAGCAGGGACGGAAUACCCCCUUUCUGACACUCCACAAAACAGCCCCAUAAGCUCUACCAUGAACAGCAGGCAACUCCUCCACUGCUGGAUUUAGGGUGAUCUGGGCAAUUCCCCCCAUAAAGGUUGCAGAGCUGAAGGGGUGCAAAAUUGAGAAGAUCCAUAAUCGAGCAGAGCAGCAGUUCCUAACACUGCAAAGGGCCACUCAAGGUUUGGGGAAUGACUCGAGAGAGCUUUGUCUCAAGAUGCAAUUAUCUCUUGCAUAUUUCGUGAUUACACUUUUCUGUCGACACCAUCCCAAGCCUGGCCACGCCUCCUAAAAGUGCUCCAUAAAUAGCUGGGGUGAGGCCCACAAAGCCAUCCAGGCACCAGGAUUGAAACCAUGUGUGACCAGCAGGAGCAGGAACCCUCCAACUUUGCUGGUACAGUAUGGCGUGCUUUAGUGUACUCGAGUGUUGCCUCUUUUCUAACUUUGGUCAUUUGCAAGACAUCAAGUCAAGGGAGCAAGACCAACUGCUUCUCAUUCUCGCCUUGUGGUGAAUUGGUUCAUUCUGUAAGCGGAAAUGCCGGAACAGGGUGGUUGGGUAGCGGAGUGCAGAAACUGGGACCGUCGGUGAGCCUAUUUUAAACAAAGAGAGACCAGCUGUUGCUUUGAGAUUUGAGAUAAUGCUCUGCUCAGAUGGGGUUGCUGGCUGCAGCUCUUAUCGAGGAAUUGAGUCUUUGCUUUCUUUUGAAGAGUGAAGCAUUUGGAGUAUCUGUAUUCCCUGCUAUGGGCAUGAUUUAAAAAUGCGUCAGGGUUUCUUGUCACUCUGUUUAUGUGUUACUCUUUCCUCCCCUUUGCACGUAGCAAGAGGAAGGAGCUUCUGCUGUCAUUUUAGGGAACUUUAGUUUCAGCGUCCAAAGUUGCGACAUGAAUUGCAACAUGCAAAAGAGCUGCUGGAAAUCCUGGGACCCAACCACAGAAUUAAUUACAGUGUCUAGCAAUCAUGUACAUUCCCACCCAGUGGUUGUCAAAGGAUCUAUAAAAAGGGAUCAGCCUCACUGGUCAAGCAGAGCUACCAGGUAAUGCCUGAUUUAGAAUGGAGUCUCACAAAUACCCUGGAAGUCACAUCCUUCUCUUCCUCCUUUCUGUUCUCUGUCCAGAUGGGGAGAAGAAGGUCUUUGCCCAGGCAGCCGUCUUCAGGUCCAGGUAAGUGCCCUGGGCCCAGUUGUGUACAGGUGGUUUGAAUGGCAGAGUGGGUGCUGCUUCGUAAGUGGCAAAUGUAACUUGGGAGGGAGAGGGUGCUAACUGGAUGCUUGUGAGAAUACAGAAACUUCUGUGCCCACCGAAAAACUUCUCUGUCCUGGGACUUCCUAGUCAAAGCUGUUCCAGCCUCUGCAAACUGGAUAGAAGCAGCAAACCCUGCACAUUUGACGAUGCCCGAUUUCUGCUUUUUUGCCUGCAAUCAGGUGUCGCUCUUAAGACCAAACAAGCUUCUCAUCAAAGUAGAUGAGUAUUGGGUCUUGCAGCUAGUGAAGAGUGUGAAAGGGAAUCUCUCGUCUCAUGGGAUGGAUUGACAACACACCUUCCCUCCCCAUUCACACUGCCCAAUGCAAGAACACAGCUCUAUUUUAUCACAUUAUGAAUGCAGGGUGUUUUUUUUCAGUCCAGUUUUGCAUCUGAUUUUCUUCUGGCGAGUUUGAGGUUGCCUGGCAAUGCUGCCAGUACAAGGGGUUGGGGAGGCAAGUCUGAUGAGUCAAAGGGGAGAGGAGUUGCUGGGGGUGAUGAACCGCUGCCGUUCUGCCUAGAAAGGGACAAGCAUCGUCCUGGCCAGGAUCUUUGGCAUUGCCAGUCUUGGCAGGUUUUGUAAAUGGCACGCUGUGCCUGUAGAGCCAGGUAUGGGCAAUGAGGUGUCCAUGCUGAUUGGUCAAUUCUGAGGCAGCUCAGUCCUCUGUGCAUGCAUGCACACCUAAAGAUCUGGAUAAUGCUGAGGAUUAUACUAACAGUUUUGUGGCAGGUGAGAGAAAAGGGAAAGAUUUUUCUUGUAAAGGCAGCCUUGUUUGUUUUCAGAAUCUGGGAUGUCAACCAGAAGUCCCUCUACCUCCAGAACAAUGAGCUGGUAGCUGGAUACCUGCAAGGGCCCGAUUCUGCCCUGGAAGGUGAGUCUGCAGAGUUUUGCUUUCCUGAAGCUUACAGGCUGGUGGGAGAAGAACUAUUCCUCAUGGGUUGGAUGUGACCCAUAUUGUGGACACAACAAAUGCCUCCCUCCCACCGGGCAGACAGGACCUGGGGUUGGACCACUUGGGGAGCCUGGAACAUAGCUGUGAUUCCUGCAUUGCAAGGGCUUGUACCAGUGGGGUCCCUUUAAAUUCUAUGAUUUCUCAAAGGGAGGCAUGCAACUUUCUCCUUCCAUCAGCACAGCCUGUUCUUUUCCUUCUGCGUUGGUGCUGCCCUCGAUUGCCUGCCUGGCACAGAACGUGUCUGUGUGUGUGCCCAUGUGUGCACCACUGUGUGCUCCUGCCUCCACCAUUGCUUCCCUCUCCUGCAGACUUUCCCCUGCUCAUUCUCACACUCUUGUUCUGCCCCUUCACCGCUUCUGCCACCCCAACUUCUACCUCGAUCAUCAGCUCUGGAUUUCUCUUAUGGGCCCCCGUGUCUUGGCAUCAGUCACUGGGAAAGGAAACUGGACGCCCUUCUUUUCCCUGGCUGUGGCCCUCUAAGCUAAAGGCAGGUUGUGUAUGCAAGGCCACCACCAUCCUGGGCUUGAAGGUUGUCCCCCCACCUCCCUCCAGGUCAGCAAAAGAGGCAAGGGUAGACCACACCCUCGUCCUCUGACUGCUAAAAGGUAAAGGGACCCCUGACCAUUAGGUCCAGUCGUGACCGACUCUGGGGUUGCAGCGCUCAUCUCGCUUUAUUGGCCGAGGGAGCCGGCAUACAGCUUCCAGGUCAUGUGGCCAGCAUGACUAAGCCGCUUCUGGUGAACCAGAGCAGCGCAUGGAAACGCCAUUUACCUUCCCACCAGAGUGGUACCUAUUUAUCUACUUGCACUUUGAUGUGCUUUUGAACUGCUAAGUUGGCAGGAGCAGGGACCGAGCAACGGGAGCUCACCCCGUCGCGGGGAUUCGAACCACCAACCUUCCGAUCGGCAAGCCCUAGGCUCUGUGGUUUAACCCACAGCGCCACCCGCGUCCCUCCUCUGACUGCUACUGAGCCCCUAACCCUGACAUCACCCAUUAUUAUGACUCCUGGGAAUGCCCUCACACCUCCAGCGUCUCUACUGGGAUUCCCCGCAGGAGGCCAACAGACUCUCUCACCUACUCUUUCCCAUCCCUAGAGAAGAUCUACUGGAUUCACAACCGGGCCUUUGACCACGAGAAGUUCUCCAUCAUCUUGAGCAUUCAGGACGGGAAGAGGUGCCUGGCCUGCUCCUCUGGCGCCUGGCCUGCGCUGCAGCUUGAGGUGAGGAGAGGCAGUUUGGCAUCCCCGUAGGAUGUGCUUGCAGAGGGGGCGGGAAGCCUCACCAUAAAUCCUCCUCCUGCUACAUGCCAGCUUAAGAGUAGAGAGCCAGGCAUGGGUGGCGGGAGCAGGAAGGACUCUACUCUUCAGCGGCAGACUGGCCUUGGAAAGAGUCUGGGUAGCUGCUACCUGACAAGUCCAUGCCUUUACAUCAGGCACCCCCAAACUCGUCCCUCCAGAUGUUUUGGGACUACAACUCCCAUCAUCCCUUUCUAACAGGACCAGUGGUCAGGGAUGAUGGGAACUGUAGUCCCAAAACAUCUGGAGGGACGAGUUUGGGGGUGCCUGCUUUACAUGGAGAGGGCCAUUGCAGCAGCUAGACUGGUGACUGGCAGCGGCCGCCGGGACCACAUAACACCAGUCCUGAGAGACCUGCAUUGGCUCCCAGUACGUUUCUGAGCACAAUUCAAAGUGUUGGUGCUGAAAUUUAAAGCCCUAAAUGGCCUCGGUCCAGUAUACCUGAAGGAGCGUCUCCACCCCCAUCGUUCUGCCCGGACACUGAGGUCCAGCGCCGAGGGCCUUCUGGCGGUUCCCUCAUUGCGAGAAGUGAGUUUACAGGGAACCAGGCAGAGGGCCUUUUCGGUAGUGGCGCCCGCCCUGUGGAACGCCCUCCCUUUAGAUGUGAAGGAAAUAAGUAGCUAUCUUAUUUUUAAAAGACAUCUGAAGGCAGCCCUGUUUAGGGAAGUUUUUAAUAUUUAAUGCUGUAUUGUUUUUAACACUCGACUGGGAGCCGACCAGAGUGGCUGGGGAAACUCAGCCAGAUGGGCGGGGUAUAAAUAAUAAAUUAUUAUUAUUAUUAUUAGCCAUGAUAGGUCUGCUCUGCCUCCACAGUUGGAGGCAAAAAUGCUUCUGAAUUACUAUUUGCUGGAAACCACAGGAUGGGAGAGGGCUCUUGCGGUCGAAUCCUGUUUGCGGGCUUUCAAUUGGGGCACCUGGUUGGCCUCUGCGAGAACACGAGGGACACAGGCCUGAUCCAGCAGGUUCUUAUGUUCUGUCUUCCUUAGGAGCUCUCUCUUGCCCCUCCCUAGUCAGGGGGACGCUAGCCCAAAGCAGACAGGGGUCAGCCGCCUCCUCCCUUUGCCUGCCUCCCUCCCUCACCAGAUCACUAUUCUCUCCUCCUCCUCAGACCGUCAACAUCACAGAUCUACCCAAAGGCGGCAGGAAGGAGUCCAGCCGCUUCACCUUCUUCUCCUCUAACAAAGACGGGGCUUGGCGGUUUGAGUCGGCGGCCCAUCCCGGCUGGUUCCUGUGCACCUCUUCCAGAGCCAACGAACCUCUCGGCCUCACGCAGCUCCCGGGACCCUCUCAUGUGGUGGACUUUUAUUUCCAACCCUGCUGAGCCUUGAGGGGCACCCCCCGCCCCCAGACCUGCCCAAGUGCCUAGCACAGCCGCACCGAGGGGUCCCGAGGCACCUGGGAGGAUUCCCAAACCGCCGCUCUCUUUUUUUCCUCCUCUCUCAGCCAUCCUAGCCCUCCCACCCUCAUCAAAAGUGGACGCUUUCGGAUGGAGCAGCUCUAAAGGUGGCCGAGUGUGGAGAGGCCUCCGGACAUCCCUCUCAGCCAUCAUGGGGUCCACUGCAGGCAGGUCAUUAAGGGGAAACAAGUAGCCUCACAAGAUCCAGCACUUCGUAUCCAGGUAGAUGCCCCUGGGACGAAGCCUCAGGCUGUGUGUGAAUAGCCCCGCUUCCCCCAGCUGAUUGCCUCCAGCACUAAUCCUGCCACCCCUGAACAUGCAGCUUCCCUUCUGAAGCCACACUGUGCCGUACAGCCAUGGUUUCUGUGACAUGGCUGAGAUCUCCAGUGAGGUCACUGCGGGUCUUCAAAUUUUCUGCCUUCAAAUUCCCCUCCACUGGACUCAUAAGGAGAAAAGAUCUGGGGCAUCAGGACUUGAACAUAAUAUUUGUUUCAAAAGAAAUUAGCAGAACGUGAAGAACUCGGUUAAAAUGAAGGGUGGGCCUUCUGCUGGGCUUGUGACCCCACCCCCACCCCCAGUCGUGCCACUGAGCAGCGUUUGGGCAGGCAGAUCACCUGUGGACACAGCCCUGAGCAGAUUCUGCACGUCUUUUAAGAUGCCGAAAGAUGCUGCCUCUCUGGAAAUUUUGCUCUCCUUUUUAUUAUGUUUAACGUGUUUAUGUAUAAUCUUGCAUUCGUAUGUUUUGAACUGCCCUGAGAUCUACAAUAUGAAGGGUGCUGUACAAAUGUUAUUAAUAAAUAAAUAAUAUAAAUGAA